UCGUUAUCUGUAUUUCGAUUUUCUUUGUCAAUAGCGGAAGAUAAACUAUUUGAAGGCAGUCACAUAUGAAAGUCGUGGUUUGUAACAAACAGCUGUAGCUUGACGAUUUAAGGCUAGUGUUACAUUAAGAAAGGGAGGUUGAAUUGUUUACACUCAGCAACCGUGCUGAUGUUAUUUUGGUGAAAAGGAGAACUACUUUUGGCUCGACAUGGAUGUCAUAAAGAUUUAUUUCAACAUCGUCUUAUUGGUGAUUGUGCAAGUGACUGCGGUAAUCGGUGGCGAAUGCUGUCUGUCCUAUGUUGCACUUGAUGGUUUUUAUUCCGGAUCCUUUUGGUGCCCGAACGUUUGCUGUUACCAAAAACGACAAAAGCCUUUGAGAAAUUCCGCGCAUGCGCUGAUUGAUUUCCGGUCACGUGAGUGUUGUGACGACCCUGACCUUCAAGUGUAUUCGUACGAAAGAGAUACGUCCUGCACAGACUGGUUUUUUCAAGAAUGGUACUAUUAUCUGAAGACCGGGCUUAAGAUGGCCAUUAUCUGCCUCGCGGCUUUUGUGGUCACAUACGUUCUAUAUCAGAUGAUAAUCCCAAAACGGUCUAGUACCGUCUUGAAACGUGAGAAGACAAGAAAAAUGCAUUUUCACCACCUAUCACAGGAUUUGUUCGAAGUACGACAGCCGUUUCAGGUACCAAAGUGGCAUUUACCGCAAACAAGAUAUGAAUACAUGCAACCUGUUGGUGUUGUAUGAGCAGAGGGUGUUUGGUAGAGGAUUGCAGUCGAAACACGCCGUGUCGUCGAAUAACCCAGCACUCCAUUACACUCGGUUGCGCUUCUGUAUUGUUGCCGGAAUGCGAAUCAUCAUGAUGACAGUGAUUACUGUACUGUAAGGGAAAUAACACUGCGUAGAGUUUAGCUACAAUGAAACGCCGAUGUUCCAACGGCUGACAAGUGCUUUUUCGUUAGUAUUUUAAAGGCUAACGCAAACAUUUGGAAAAAGUACUGGAGGUUAAGGAAAACAAUGAGACUAGACGAAUGUAAAUCUCAACCUCUGUUAUGGGGCGGGAUUGAGGUGAUGAAUAUGAAUGAAUACAAGAUGAGGGUGAGCCAUUUCAAGCUUUGGGAUGAAAUUGUCCUAAAUACUCCAUUUGUGAUGGUUACAGUGAUAUUUUGUUCCCCAUUUAUGAAACAGAUCGACAUGCCAACUUUCAAUCCCCAUGGACAAGAACUUUGACGGUUGGGGCAUACCGAUCCAACGUUUUUUUUCAAUGUCAAAAGUUUUCCAAAAUCCUUAUUAAUUAGUCACUAUUUAAUAGUGACUAAUUAAUAAGGAUUUUGGAUAAUAUCCAAUUAUAUCUACUAACCAAUGAAGUUUCAAUAAGUCAAUUGGCCAAAAUUUGUGAAAAACUUAUCAAAUUUAUAACAAUUGGCUGCAAAAGUUUUACCAAUGACAAUAUUCAGAUAACAGAACCUAAUAUUAAUAAAUUUGGAAGAAGAAUAGAUGUCUUCCAUAUGAACAAUUCAUACUAUAUCAUGUAUCACAAACGUUUAAAAAUAAUGCUUUUGUCCUAAUUUGGCGAAUAA